GAUUGAGAUGAAUAGUCAAAGAACUUCAUCAUUGAAUAGGCCAAGGGAAUAUAGAGCUCGGGAAGUUGCCGAAGAAUUUAUCUCACGCAAUCCCUUUUUCACAAUUUCGAUCAAUCCUGCUAAUCUGGUAGCAAAUGUGCUGACUGUACCACUUUUAAAAGGGGUUAUUGAGAACCAGAAUACGAAUGUGAUGCUGCAGAUUGGUGAAAGAUCAUGGAAUCUGAAAUUGCUUCGAUGUUACAAUGAUAGAGCUAAGCGUCGCUUUUCGGCUGGUUGGUGCGCGUUUGCCAAGGAAAGUGGAGUGCAAGCAGGAGAUGUUUGUGUGUUUGAACUGAUAAACAAGAAAAAUUUAGUUUUUAAAGUUCAUGUUUUUUAAAACGUCCGUUGUUAAUGUAUCUGUUUGAAAAUGUUAUUUUGAGUGAUGGUAACUUUAGUUGAGUAACAAUGUUU